AUGCCCGGUGCUAGUGCAGCUGCUACAGGUAGCAGCAACACUACCACUCUGAUUAUUGCGCUGGUUGUGGGCCUUUGUGCCGGUAUCCUGGUGAUCUCCGGCCUGGGUCUUCUCGGUGGCUACCUGCUUCGUCGUCAUUGGAUGGCGAAGCGACAAGCUUCGUUUGAACGAGCGCGGUUGCAGGACGUCGAGCCCGUGUCCACGGGGCCCAUGCCUGGGUUUCGUCCCUACCUUCCUGCGACGCACCAGACAGAUGAACCUUUGUACAACGUGCCUGUCUCGCAGAAAAGCACUCCGCCGCGUGACGACGCAGCAGCGCAGGCGACGCCGGUGUCGCACGAACCGACGGGUGCGCCGGCCACAGCCAUUGAGCCGGUCUUGUCCAUCCCCUCAACAGACGAGGAGGAUGUGCGCUACCCGUCGCUCAUCUCGGAGUACGCUGCGCGUCCUUCUCUCACGUUGGACCGUCAGCCUAUCAACGAAACGGCCUCGCCGACCCUGCGGAGUCCCCGUACAGCGUCGCUGCGCAACAAGUUCCACCUGGCCGGCUCGCGUGGCACACGUUCCUCACUCCGUCACACGAGUCUGCGCCUGAGCCACAGCAUGCUCUCGCGCUUCCGUUCUAGCCGGCACAGCCGCAACAUUUCGCUCGAGUCUGGCGAGUCUAUCGGUAUGCCAGACCACCAAAUCCCCAUGGCUCGUCGUAUCAACCGCAAGGAGCAGCGGUUCCAGUACGACUCGAGCUCGUACACAUCGUCGGCAGGCGCGCACGACGACGACGUGCCUGAGCGCGGCCCGGCGCAGGACUCGAUUGCUAUGCCGCCGCCUGCGCGCCUGCGCCCUGCGCCUACCAUGUCGCCCGAGCAGCUACAUGACCGUAUUAAGGCCUGGCAGGAGUGCAGUAUUGAUGCCGAUGUGCCCGAAGACAUGGACGCUCAGUCCUUGGUAGGCGAGCUUCCGAAGACGCAGCUGCGCCGUAUGCCGACGGCCCUUCGUCGCUCUGCGACGCAGUCAACAGCUCGCUCGACAGAGUCGGCCUACUCGAGCACCUCGAUGAACGAAGGCACACGACCGACAGCCGCGAACGGUGUGCCUCUCUUGCGUAUUCCUUCGAUCCGACCGCAGUUUAUGGCUUCGACAUCGCUGGAAAGCUGGCUAGGUCCUGAGGAUCCACGCAUGCCUGCGACAGAGGGCGCACCACAGCGUCCCCUGUUCACAGAGGUGCCGAUGGAUCUGCCUACGCAGCACGAGACGACCGCGACCGCGACCGCGACUGCGAGUGUGACGCCUGUACGUGCGCAGGCGCCGCCCACCAACGCGGAGCCUACAUCGACGGCGUUGGUCCGCCGUGCCUCGCGGCCGCUUUCGGCGCACAGCCAGCGUCCUCAUGCACCCCGUACGCCCUCGCCUCUGGCUCAGUCGGUCACGGAGGAGCCUGGCAUGGAAGAGCUGCCUUCCUUGGCGCAUGUGCAGCUGUACUUGGAGCCGAUGGACGCGUCGGUGGUGCCCCCGGCGUCGACUCUCCCUGUGGCAGCACCGACGCAGGCGCCAGCACACCAAUCGUAUGCCAUGUCGAGUUCGUCUCGGUCGUCGUUCCCAAGCAGUGCUCGCAUGUCGAACGACCUACCCCGCAACUGGAAGCACACGUCCAACGGCACUGUAUCUACCGAGAUUACGUGGGCCGACGACGCAAGUGCAGCGCAUACCAAGGAGGGACAUGCCUUCCGUCGGUCUCACUCACUGGAUCGGCAGCGCAGCUUGAUGUGCGUGCCGGAGCAGCCACAAGGGCCACCUCCUGCCUUCAUGUCCAGCACACCGUAUUCAGCAUCGACCGGCGGCGGCGUACGUGGCCCACGUCGGGCGCCUUCGCCGUCCACUGCCUCGUCUGAAUCCGUGGCGACGCGCCAUGACGAUGGCGUGGCUACCACGGCCAUGUCGCCCAUGUCGGUCCUUUCCUCGCCCAUGCAGACGAUGCAAGCGUGGUUCCGUUUUGGCGGCGAUAAGGCGGAUACGUCAGCCGACUUGGCGCACGACAUGAUGACGUCGCCGCCGACCCAGGUGCGUGUGUAA